UGUUCACUGCCGUUGAAUGCGCGCAUUGGUAUACCAGCUACCAGCUGAAUUCGUGUGUUCCGAUAUUCUCCUAAAAGUAAAUCUAUGGUAAUUCAAAAACAGCUGUUUAUAAAAUGUCAAAGCCAUCAAAGCCUUUGUCAAAGCUUUUAUAGGUUAAUGUUAAUCGUGCCUCGUAUUUUCCUAGAAAAAAAAGAAAAUAAUGUGUAUAUCACAUGCCAGCACGCAAAAGUUAAUUCUCUUGUGGUGAAACUUAAUUCUGGAUAAAUAAUAAUAAUUUUCUUGCUACAAUGCUUGACCCAACUGUUAGCUUUAACCAUAUGGCACUGUAAGAUUUCAGAUUACCAUGUUUUCUGCUUUUAAACGUUUCGCUAGCAAAAAUGAGAGUAUGCCAUCUGGCUCUGGUGAACCAGGAAAAACACCGGGCCAUCAGACAAUGUCGACUUCCUUACAAAAAAAAUUUGCUCGAGGUGUUCAGUAUAACAUGAAAAUUGUCAUAAAAGGUGAUCGAAAUGUAGGUAAAACAUGCCUGUUUCAUCGUCUUCAAGGAAAGAAAUUCAUUGAGGAGUAUAUUCCCACUGAAGAAAUUCAAGUUACAUCCAUUCAUUGGAAUUAUAAAGCUACCGAUGACGUUGUCAAAGUUGAAGUGUGGGAUGUUGUAGAUAGGGGAAAGAAAAAGAAGAGAUUUGAUGGUUUGAAACUAGAAAAUUGUCAGAUAGACAUUCCAGAAGAGCCCGCGCUGGAUGCGGAAUUUUUAGACGUUUAUAAAGGUACAAAUGGUGUUAUUAUGAUGAUGGAUUUGACAAAAACAUGGACUUUCGAUUAUGUGCAGCGUGAAGUCUCAAAAGUACCUGAACAUAUACCAAUCAUCAUUUUAGCGAAUCAUUGUGAUAUGUCUCAUCAUCGAACUGUCACCUCGGAUCACGUUCUUUAUUAUAUCGAGUCAAUUAGUAGUACUCGGUCAGCUCAAGUACGCUAUGCAGAAUCUUCCAUGAGAAAUGGUUUUGGUUUAAAACUACUGCACAAAUUCUUUAAUCUUCCCUUCCUUCAACUGCAAAAGGAAACACUUUUACGUCAAUUGCAACGCAAUGAAGAAGAAAUUGCCGCCACAAGUCAAGAAUUGGACAUGUAUUUUGAAUCUGACGAAGCAAAUUAUAACAAAUUUCUCGAAAGCUUAGUUAAAAAAAGGCGCGAAAUCGCUGACUUAAACGCGAAUGUUCCUCCUCAAAUUCCUAUAUCUUCGUCAUGCUCUAGUCAACAGCUAAACAGCCCCGCACAACAAGAGGCCAUUAGGCGAUCCAACAGUGGGCCGAUUGUAAUUGGUGCUGGAAAGCCAAUACCGUACAAUCCACUUAACGGGGCUAUUUAUAAAAAACCUGUAAGUUCAGAGUGUCAGACAUCAAAAAGUUCAAGCCAAAGUUCCGGAUUUAUAUCAAAAACUGGAGUUAAGGCAGAAAAUACUGACUGUCUUCCUGAUAUUAGAAGAAUGGAAAUAAGUCCAAUUACCUCGGUUGAAGAAUUUUGUCCAGAUGGUGGUCAGCUUGACCGAACAUUUCUGGAUGAUGUACAAUACAAUCCUCACGGUAAUCCGCACGAAGCAGUUGAAUCUGACAGUGAAGAUGAUACUGGAAAUCCUUUGGUUUCGGAAUUUCAAGAUGAUUUUGAUCCUGAUGAUUCUGCACAAUUUAAAGCAGUACCUUCACACUCAGAUUCCAGAUAUAAUGUGUCAUUGAAGCGCCCUGCUGGUGGAGAUGAUGGUGAAGCAGACAAAAGCCAACCUGAUGAGUAUGAUAUGAAACAAACCAUUGACGAGUUUGACUCAACAAUUAACUCUGAAAUUUCGGAAAUUACAAGUGAAGCAUUUGACACGUGGAUGGGCAGUGAUACUAAAUGGAGAAGAUCACCAGAAGGGGGUGAAGAUGUUUCCGCUACCAGUCAAACCUUAGAUUACAGUGGAAGUACAGUAUAUGAUGACAGUACGAGUGUCACAUCAUCAAAUGUACAUAUGGAACUACUUUCAGCAAAGCACCAUACGUCAGCAAAUAUUAGCGGCAAUAAUAGUGAUAGUGAACAAGCGUCUACAGGCAACAAUUCCUUAAAGAUGGAGAAAAAGAAAGAAAAAGUAGAGAAGAAACAUAAAACUAAAAAAUCAAAAGACAAAGAUAAAACUAACAAAACUGAUAAAAAGCACAAGAAAAGGUCUAGAGAGGAGAGUGCAUCGCAUCGAGAUGAGCUAGAAGAGUUUUUGAAUGGAUCUGUCAGUCCUACAGCCGAUGCGGCUUAUGAAGCUAUUUAGCAAAUGCCAAGAAUAAUAUAUACAAAUAUAUCAGCCUUAGCUUCCGCCAGAAAAAAAUACUAAAAGCAAACAGUAGUUUUAAUGUAAGUUUUAUUUAUUUAUUUUUUAUUUUUCUAUUUUUGCAUAUUUACUGUUAACUAUUUAAAUUUUAUUAAGUUAAUAAAUGCUUAUAUAUUUC